CGUCUUUGUCAUCGUGUUCCAAAGCAAACCGGGCUAGUAUUACCGACAUGGCGCUCAAGUUGCGUGAUAGCUGUGAAGCCUGUGCCGCAUCAAAGGUGAAGUGCCACAAGCAGAAGCCAACAUGCUCGCGUUGCCAGAGGCGUGGUACUCCUUGCCAUUACCUGGCCACCAAACGCACUGGCCGUCGCUCCGACUCUGCCACCCUUUCUCCCCUUGCUGCAUCGAUGCUACAUUGCGAACAAUUCGAUUUCGAUUCAUCGUUUAGCACAAGUACUCCAAUGUCGUCCACAUACUCGACCGACAACGAAACCUUCUUGCACCAAUUCCUCACCCCAACCUCCUCCUUUCCUGGAGCCACUUAUAGUCAAUCUGCUUACGACUGGACUUCUACCACACCUAACGACGGUCUUUUUACGGUCCAACCAACGUUUGCCGCAACUACUCUUUGUACAUCGUCAAACUCUCCGGGAUUCGGGCCUGGCGCCGCAUCACCCGUAAAUCUGGCCAUGGACCCGGGUGGCAACCUGCCAUCAUCCGUGAGCCUCUGGGCCCCCACAGUCUACGAAACGUCCAGUGUUGACAUGCCUCCCGUGCUCGAACCAGGCAUCGAGUCACAACCCUCAGCUCCAAAUCUCACUACCCCAGCGCUCGACACAUGCCUCACGCAAGCUACAAAAAUCAUGCAACAACAAUUCCACCAAUCCACUUUAGGCUCCUCAAAUAUCUCCUGUAAGCUCCUCAAACAAGAAGGAGUGACCAAUGCAGCUGGACCAGCCCUAGACCGAGUUAUCGAAGCAAACAAGCAGUACAUUAACCAAGUUGAUACCAUGCUGCAGUGCCAGUGCUUGAAUGACGGUUACCUUCUCACAAUAAUCUCACUCAUUGUCUUCAAGAUCCUCGACUCUUACGGCGCAGCCGCAAGUGAAUCUGAAGUUCGAAAUGCCAAGGUCGGUGCCGCAGAAGAAGAUGUACAGCGUAUAGCCGCACAGCGGGUCAUGGGCGAGCUUCACCGUGUACAGCGCCUGGUGAACCAGCUAGCGAUCCACACCAAACGCCACAUAGCUAUGGAGUUUCCAGAAAUGACGCCAGGAGCGUUUAGAUCGUGUGGGCAGAAAGAAGAGGGCGAAGUAUCUUCUCCCUUUUCUACGGUAAAACUGUGCCAGUUGGAGACGGACAUGAAAAAAAGGCUUAGAAGCCUUUCUCUGAAAUUGUCAGUACAUCUUAGAAAGGGUUGAGGAUUAUUCAAUACGCAUGAUCCC